UAUAUCGCUCUUUGUUUAUCUCUACUUCUGAGUAACAUUGAUAAUAUCCGCAAAGAAAGAAAGAGAUUAGAGAUCAACCCUGACCGAGAGAGAGGGAGAUGAUGAGUGCAGCAAAUAACGGAGGCGCAGGUCCUUGCGGUGCCUGCAAAUUCCUUAGGCGAAAGUGCGUGAAAGGGUGCAUAUUUGCACCCUAUUUUAGCUCAGACCAAGGCACGGCUCACUUUGCGGCGGUGCACAAGGUUUUCGGUGCCAGCAAUGCUUCCAAGAUGCUGCAGGGAAUACCGGAUCACAAGCGCCUAGAUGCGGUGGUUACACUCUGUUAUGAGGCUUUGGCUAGGGUUCGAGACCCAGUUUACGGCAGUGUCGGUCAUAUCUUUACCCUCCAACAACAGGUGGUAAAUUUACAAGCAGAGUUAGCGCACAUUCAGGCCCAUAUUUCUAUGCUGCGACGUGUGCCUCUGUUGCCGCAAUCGGAAACCCUCUGCCCUUCUCACACUUCGGAAAUUGGUUCAGAACCACAACACGCCUCUAUGGAGUUCACGAGUUUCUCAAUCCCUUCUGUCCAAGAAAUGGAAAACCAAGAGCUUCAAGCGUUGGCUCGGGAGAUUGUCUCUGUAUAUCUUCCCGGAGUUUGAUCUCACCUUCCAUUUCUAGCUAGAACUUUUGAUCCUUGGCAUCAGCAUAACCUUUUCAUUAUGUUGUCCC